AUGCAAAGCAAAGACCCCAAUUACGACGAUGUAGCAAUUUUCUGGGAUUACGAGAAUUGCCCAGCCUCCUCCAGCACCUCCGGGUAUCUGUUAGUAAACCAAAUUCGCGAAUUAGCCCUCAUGUAUGGCAUCAUCAAAAUAUUCAAGGCAUAUGUAGAAUGUUCCGAACAACUAAGGGCUCAAAUACUGCGCUCUGAAUUACAAUCCUCCGGCGUUUCUUUGACAGACUGUCCGCACAUGGGCAAGAAGGAUGUCGCAGAUAAGAUGAUGAUCGUUGACAUGAUGAUCUAUGCCAUGGACCACCCUGGCCCUCGGACGAUCAUAAUUAUCUCUGGUGACAGAGACUACGCCUACGCCGCCGCCCUUCUGCGCAUGAGAAGAUUUCAAGUUGUCGUCAUCUCAACCUCGGGAUCUGGCGUGUCUAACGGGCUGGCUGCGCAAGCAUCAGCUUGUUACGACUGGACUACCGACGUCCUUGGCAAUGCCAGUGUACCGGAUGGCCCUCUCAACAACGCAUCGGCACGUUCCAGCAAGGAAGGUGAAUUCUGGAGAGCAGCUUCUCCCCUAAUGGGCAAAUUGCCUACUCCUUCGCCUGAACCCGUGCGUACUGCGUUGCCAAAGGGUACGCGUCCGCGAAGUUCGACAUUGUCUAGGUCGGACUCCAUUGACGGUACCUUUGUGCCAUCAACUCAGCCAGUGCACUUGCGCGCCAGCUCGUCAUCGGAUUCUUACGUCGCCAACGACCUACGGCAACCACAAAGAAGCAUAUCGCCUUUCCCCGCCGCUCCGGUCACCGGCCCUGCGGUCACAAGACUCGCUGAUGUACCAGACGAAGUGGUGUACAAUGCGCCUCGAACCCCUCCUACGUUUAUGAGGGCUGUCCCUGUCACCCCUAAACUACCUUCCUCUUUUCUUCCGCAACAGCCGCCUCGCCAAGAGUCUACAGGAGCCAGUGGUAUCUCAAUCUUAUCCACGCCGUCUGUUACUCAUAGCGUUUCCGGCGGCGGAAGCCCAGACGAGAAGGGGAAAGGGAAACAGGUUGAACAGACGAUUGCCAUUCAACCGGUUCUGGAACCCACGCCCACACCCGCGCCUGCCACGCCCGCGCCUGUCCCAUCUCCAUCUUUUCCUGCUUCGACCGCGCCUGUUACUUACACGUCGACGCCAAAGCCCGCCGUUCCAAGCCCUGCAUUGGCUUCAUCACGUACAACUACCGCACCACUGGUGGUUUCGAGAGUUCUACCCGAGGCAUUUAGAACCCUGGUUAAAGUGCUCAACGUACAAAGGCAAAGGGGAAAGCUGCAGCAACCUCGCUCUGUCGUAGCUUGUGAAGUGAUCUCUGCGGACAAGAACGCAUACGAGAAGGCGGGAGUGAACAAGUUUGCUCAGUACAUCAGCAUUGCUGAAAGCAAAGGGAUUGUCAUGACCGGAGGAUUUGGUCCAGAUGCCUGGAUAUCCGUUCGCCCAGAAUGGUACAACGUCUGA